CCGCCGCUCGUAUUCGUUUAGAAAGAUCUCUAACUGAUAACUCGGCGACACGCGGCGUGGACACGUGAGCCCGCUUUUUUUUUCUCCGUAUAUUUUUUUAUAAAUUGUCAUAUUUUUUUAAAUAUGGAAAUAAAUCUGAAAGGUGUCUGAGGUCAAGCUCGAGGGUCUCGAAUCCUCUGGAAGGAUGAGUCGACAAUCUGGGCCGAUCCACUUCCGGCCAAUUACGGAUUCGACGAGCGAACUUACAGCCCUGGUGACUUCUUUCCCUUCAUUUGGCUCAGCCGGGGCGAGCUCGAGUCUGACAUCAUUUUCGACUUCAACUUCUGGUCCAUCUUUUUCGUCAGCCUCAAUUCCGUCUCUGUCAUCGGCCUCCGGGUCUGGCUCUGGCUUGGGCAUCACAGCCCGCGGGGGUAUCGAUCCGCUGGACGUCGUGCUAUUGUUUGACGAUAAGGUCAGUGUCAACGCGACUAGUGAUAAAGUGCGUGAGACCGUGACUAGAAUAAUAUUAAACGACAGUGAUUACAACGCGAGUGUACACGAUCCGACGAUAAACUUUCAAGACAAUGGACUCAACAAUUGGUGGGCGAUGCUGGCCGUUGUUUUGGUUGUCGGUACAGCCGCUGGUAAUAUUCUCGUAUGUUUGGCCAUCACCUGGGAAAAACGCCUCCAGAAUGUCACUAAUUAUUUUCUCAUGAGUCUCGCAAUCACGGAUCUUAUGGUCGCUAUUCUUGUUAUGCCGCUUGGAAUUCUUACACUUGUUAGAGGAUACUUUCCAUUGCCUCCAAUUUACUGCCUGGCGUGGAUAUGUCUGGACGUACUGUUUUGCACAGCAAGUAUCAUGCACUUGUGCACAAUAAGCGUGGAUCGUUACCUGAGUCUCCGCUAUCCGAUGAAAUUCGGGCGCAACAAAACACGUAAACGCGUGGUCUUAAAAAUAGUCUUCGUCUGGCUUCUGAGCAUCGCCAUGAGUCUCCCGCUGAGUCUCAUGUACUCACAGGAUGAUGCGUCAGUAUUAGUCGACGGCGCCUGCCAAAUCCCCGACCCGCUUUACAAGUUGAUCGGCAGCAUAAUCUGCUUUUACAUCCCGUUAGGCGUUAUGCUGCUCACGUACGCUCUGACGGUUCGACUCUUGGCUGAGCAACGUCAGAAUAUUGGUGGGACACCAGGUUUCGACAGACACGGCACUUGGCGACGUUUGCUUGUAAGUAAAGGAAGUGCCGGAAGUAGUGGUACACCACAGCACACAUCGGCAGCGUCUACAGACACGGAGCCGACUACUUUGGAUACCCAAGAGCUUUGGAUGCCUGAGAGUAAACCGCCACCGUCCGCGGUAUUGGCAUUGCAAGCUUUUGGCGCCGAAAUGCUCAAGUUGUCAAAGGGUCUUGAGGGAAUGGGUAAUUUUACCGCUGAUCAGACGCCCAUUGUUACGCCAAAAUCAACUUCACAUCAACAACAGCAACUGAGUCUUGAAUCUAAUCGCUCUCGCAAUGGAGGCGGGGAGAGCGCGGGCAGCAGCGAAACAGGAUCAAGGGUCAGUUUGCCGCAGGACGACUCGCCCCAGCCAUGGAGACAUCGCAGAAGAGCGUCCACCUACAACGAGGCUUAUCUGCAGCGUCUGGAGAGCUCGCCGAAGAUGCGCAAACGCGCCUUCAGCUUCCACGAGAGCAAUCUGCCAGGCAGGGUCGCGUCCAGGUCCUUCAGGGAACACAAUCACGCCCUCAAGACAGACCCCGACCCGGCUCUUCCGCCUCCCUGCACGUGUCCUUACUUCGGGGAGUCUUCCAAGAAGCCGCCAGCGAGCUCCGGAGAGGUCGUUAUCGUCUCGAGUGACAGCCUCAAACCUAUCGCCGGCAAAAAUCUCAAUAUCGGGCCAUCGGGGAAAAACCUGAGGGGCGAGACCAUCAAUAAAACUUUAGAAGGAUCCAAUUCUGUUGUCACGUGGAGAGGCAAUAGAAGAGGCUCUAGUGUUGGAAGCACAAGGACUGUCCUGACCUCAUCGUGCCCGACACCUCUAAGACGCGCAGUGACCAUGAGAGCGCACAAUGGGGCAACAUCGCUCUCCAGAAGCUCCAAUUCUUCAUCGCCCUGUUUGCUCAAGUACCCGGGAGUAAGAACUCCCCAUUCGCGCAACAGCAGCGUCAUGUCACGAAACAGUUCCGGCCGGGGACAAGUGAUCCGGCUCGAGCAGAAGGCCACCAAAGUCCUCGGUGUCGUUUUCUUCACUUUCGUGAUCCUCUGGUCCCCUUUUUUCGUCCUGAACCUCGUGCCCGCGAUCUGUCCCGACUGCGAGAAGCAGAUCGACCGCAAGAUAUUCGACCUCGUGACCUGGCUCGGGUACUCGAGUUCGAUGGUCAAUCCCAUAUUCUACACCAUCUUCAACAAAGUGUUUCGGCAGGCCUUCAAACGAGUGUUGCUCUGCCAAUAUCGUAAGCCCGUCUGGCGACCUGUCAGGUAGGCCCAGCCUCGGCGACCUGAGCUCGUCGUUACUCAUGUGUGACAAACUCGGUUGCCCCUAUAGAUAAUUACUUAUAUUUUUUUAUUAUUUUCGAAUCGACCUAGUCCGCAUAAAAUUACCCAACACUAUUGCGGACUCGUGAACUCGUUACUGACAGCUCACGUGAUCGUUAAAGACAGGAAGUAGGCGAUAUGUUUCCUGUCGACCCUUUCCUGCUUUCUUGAUUUUACUUAUCGACUUUUUCGUAUCCGAGUCAUAUUUGCAUCUGCAUCUGUUAUGAACUUGGUCAUUUUUCAUUUUAAACUCAUUUGGUUGUGGGUUUAAAAUAAAAAAAAAAAAAAAAGUAGAAAAAAUGGAGAAUUUCAGAUGUGGAGUUUCAAAGCACUGAACAAUCGUUAGUUAAUUAGAGUUAGAUUACUAGAUGUGUGAUAUAUAUUUGAUAUAGUUGUAAAAUAUGUUCAAUAAAUAAAACUAGUCGUGUUUUAUUUAAAAUUUUUUAUAUAAAUAAUUGAUAUAAAAAAAAGUCUGAAUGAAUUUAAAUGUCUUCGAAUUUUAAUAUUUUACUGUUGGUGUACAUAAAUUCUGUUAUAUUUGUAUUGUUGUUAUUAUAAAAUAACAAUAAAACUGUUGGUUAAAUAAAAUUUUUAUUUAGAAUUAUCUAGAUAAUUUUAGAAUUUGGGAAUUGCGGAUAUGCCGAACUGGCGCUCAAUUUUAUUUUAAUUAUCAGAGUUCACAUAAAUAAUUUAUUUAUUUAUGUCCUUAUUUAUUUAUAAGGUGCUAAUGUAUUCACAAAUUUUUAAUUUAUUUUGUACAUAAAUAAUUUUAAAAAUUACUGUACAUAAAUUUUGUUCGAGUGUUGGAUAUUUUUCAAUGAGUUAUUGGACUUUUUAUAGAAAGAGUAAAAAAAAAAUAAGUUUUUGCGGCAGGAGCUACUGAUAAGCCGAUUAAUAAACUACGGACAUUUAACUGAGGAAACUAAAAAUAUAAAUAUGAAUAAAAAUAUAAAUAAAAAUAUAUACCGGCGACGCUUUUAAAUGGAAUACAAAAAUAAAAUAUUAACACCCUUAAUCCUUUAGUGUUUAUCCUGUCAAAGGAAAUACUUUAUGCAUACGUUUUUACUACUACUACUACUACUUUUUUUUUUUUUAUUAAAUAUUUAUAGCAAACAAACCAAUGGCGCGUUUAUUUUAUUUUUAAAUUUUUUAAAAAUAAAUUUACGAAUUUUAUUUUAGUUCUGAAGAUUUAAUUGCUUUGAAUAAUUAAUUAUCUAAAGUCUAACUUGGUAUAAAAAUAAAUGAUAAUCAUAUAUAUAUAUAUAUAUAUAUGGAACAUGUGCAGAUGAAAUGAAAAGGAGUCAAGAGUUGUCGAGAGCAAGAGGAAAUAAUUUAGCGUAUUAUGAAUUUAUAUCAACACUUGACAAUAUUUUGCGUAAAAUAAAACUUGUUGAUAUAAAAAAUAAAUAAGUUAAUUAAUUAAACUGCUUGUUUAACAAUAAAUUAAAAAAAAAUGUGUGUUCUAUAAAUAUGUCAUAACAAAAUAAAUAUAUCGAUAUUGGUAAAAAUAAAUAUUUUAGUGGGAGUAAUUGGGGAGUGUACGCUUAAAAUACACGAAAUAUGUAAAAAUAUAAAACGUAUACGUAAUUGAAAUGUAAAUUAUAAAUUAUAAAUAUUUAAUUUGUCAAC